GUAUCCUCAUGUAAACUUAGACUUAUUGUGCUUUUUCUGCAACUUUGUUGUUUUGAUUUCAUCUUUAUUCCAUCCGCUACUUUUUCAUUCUGACCGCUAUUUUUUAUUUCGCAUAAAACCUUCUAGACCAGCAAAAAUCAAAGUGGUAAAAAAUCGUUAAAAUUUUAUAUUCUUCUGCUUUUAAAUAGAAAGAAUUAUUAAGAUGAAUUUAAUAGAAUUACCAGACUGUAUGCUUAUGGUAAUAUAUGAGUAUCUUACCUAUGAGGAGGUAUCAAAAAAUAGAUUGGUAUGCAGAAGGAUAAAUUUAGUUUGUCAACAAGUAUUAAAUGGAGGCUUCAGUCGUGCCGUUCGUCAACAUACAACAAUUUUUAAACGAAUCAAAUCGAUGCUACCUCGGAGGGAAUCGGAGAGGCGUAAUCACAGUUUGGCGCGUCAUGCUGAUAUUCUAACAUCAAUUGAGACUCGCAUCUCUAUGCUAUCCAUGACAUAUUCCAAAUAUAUAGAUUUAAAUCUCUGCUGUUUCAUACCUGGGCGUGUAUUGGAUGAAAUUUUUAGAAUUUUGUUAUUAGUGUCAAAAUCACGUAAAACCCUUCGACCACAUGAAGUACUGCAAGAACUUCGAGAUAUUUCAUCCAUGGCAAUUGAGCAUUUUGAUGAGAAAAUUGCAACGCAGUUAAAAGCAUUUAUCGAUGCUGGUUGCUCAAGAUCUCAUGUCGGUGGCAUUGACGGAAAACGGAUAACACCUUCCAGUUCAGGUUUAGGUAGCAUAAGCUUUAGUGUUCAACAAGGAAGUUCUAAUAUGUGGUCACAAGCCGGUAGUGGCCCAAAAAUUUGGACACCACCAAAUCGUGCUUCCUCAUUAAAAUUGACAUGCAAUAAUUGCAAUGAAUUCGCUUGCGAAGGUGUUCUUAAUCGUGUAUCUGCAGUAGUGCAUCCGAAAUGCCCUCAUUCGGAGAGUUCUGGUUUAGCGGAAGGGGAUUUAGUUCAGCCGGCAGGAGGACGUAGUAGUAUGAGCGCAAACGAUGAAACUAAGCAAAGUAACAUACCGCAACAUCACCAUACUUUUGGUUGCUUGGAAGCAAAAGUUUCUAUGGAGAAGUAUAAAAAACUUGAAAACGAAUAUAAAAAUGGAGUACAAAGAAUGAAUCGGAUGCAGCAGAUACAGGCUCAACAAUCACGCCGUUUACAGCAGACCAUGAACACAAUUUCCACAAUGAGCACACAAAUAACUGAAUUGAAGAAGCGUUUGGAGGAUUUAGAUGCGAAAAAUCGCGAAAUAUCUGCUAAUAUAAAACAAAUUAAUCCAGCUGGUAGUGAAUCCACUACCACUACAGCAACUUCCCCUAUUGUAACUUCUCAAGAUUCAGAUAAUGUUGAGCAUGAUUGUGACACUGAUGCUGGUGAAGGGCCUUCGUCUGCCAAAAAGCGUCGUUUCGAUACCGAUUCCACAGUUCGAUCAAGAAAAUUAGAAACAGAUGAAUAUCUGGAAUAGGGAUCAAAACUUAAUUGAAAACAAGAAAAUAAAUUUUUAUUAUGAAAUGAGCUAUGAGCUCAAUUCUAGCAAAGAUUGUCAGAACUGUAUAAGACUACACAUAUAUUUAUGUGCAUAUUGCAAACAAUCUGUUGAAGAAGAUUGCAUAGGUAGUGUGUUGAAUGAAUUUAUAAAUAAGCAUUUACUUAUUAACUAGCUACAUUUUAAACAUACUAGCCUGCUUCUAUUAGUUAACUGGUUCACUCAUUGCACAUAAGAAAGUCAACAAAUUUCUCCACUAACUUUCUUGUUUUAAAGAUCCAUUCAUCGAGUCUAUGUGUAUCGUAAAACUUUUAUUUUGCUAAAAAAAAAAAUUCAUAA